AUGGACUGUGUCAAGACCUACCUCACUGCGGAGCUUCCGCUGUAUCUGCAAACCCUGCCCAUCCCGGAUACGCUGGCCGGCUUUGCUGAGCUGAGCACUGAAGAGAUGGUGCAAAUUGCUCCCCUCUUUCUUCUUGUCGUCAGCAUGGUCCUCAUGGUGGUCGUCCACCUCCUGCCCGCCUCUCCUGCCCCGGCCCGAGUCAACACUCAGAUCAAACUCGACGAGGACAAGAUUGUGGACAAGGUUGCCGUGAAGGACAAGGAGGUCUAUCUCUGCCGCUGCUGGAAGUCGAACAAGUUUCCCUUUUGCGACGGCUCGCACAACGCCCACAACAAGGCCACCGGUGACAACGUUGGCCCCGUGGCGGUGCGCACGGAGGCCCAAUAA